AUGGAAGGCUGUGACUCGCCCGUCAUCUCGGGGAAGGACAAUGGGUGCGGUAUCCCUCAGCACCGGCAAUGGACUGAACUCAACAGCACCCACCUCCCCGACAAACCCAGUAGCAUGGAGCCGCCCGCAGGCGAGAGCCACGGGCCCCUGGACAGCCUGAGGGCCCCCUUCAACGAGCACCUGUCGGAGAGCAGCGCCGCUGCCUCGGCCGGGCCUCCCGCCGAGCCUGCCAGCAAGGAGGUCAGCUGCAACGAGUGCUCGGUCUCCUUCGCCAGCCUCCAGACCUACAUGGAGCAUCACUGCCCCGGCGCUCACCCCGCGCCGCCCCUGCGGGAGGAGAGCGCGAGCGACACCAGCGAGGAGGGCGACGAGGAGAGCGACGUGGAGAACCUGGCCGGGGAGAUCGUCUACCAGCCGGACGGCUCCGCGUACAUUGUGGAGAGCCUGAGCCAGCUGACCCAGAGUGGGGGUGCAUGCGGCAGUGGGCCUGUCCCUUCUCUCUUCUUGAACUCUCUCCCUGGGGCGGGGGGCAAACAAGGGGACCCUUCGUGUGCUGCACCUGUCUACCCACAGAUCAUCAACACUUUCCACAUAGCCUCAUCCUUCGGGAAAUGGUUUGAUGGCUCAGACCAGGCUUUCCCGAAUACCUCAGCCCUGGCGGGGCUCAGUCCCGUCCUGCACAGCUUCCGCGUUUUUGACGUGCGACACAAAAGCAACAAGGAUUACCUGAACAGCGACGGCUCUGCCAAAAGCUCCUGCGUAUCCAAAGAUGUUCCCAACAAUGUGGACCUGUCCAAAUUCGAUGGCUUUGUGCUGUACGGCAAGAGGAAGCCCAUCCUGAUGUGUUUCUUGUGCAAACUCUCGUUCAGGUACGUCCGUUCGUUUGUGACCCACGCGGUGCACGACCAUCGGAUGACCCUGAGCGAGGACGAGCGGAAAAUUCUUAGCAAUAAGAACAUCUCCGCUAUCAUCCAAGGGAUUGGCAAAGACAAGGAACCCCUUGUAAGUUUUCUGGAACCAAAAAACAAAAACUUUCAACACCCUUUAGUUUCCACAGCUAACCUCAUAGGCCCCGGACAUAGUUUUUACGGUAAAUUCAGUGGCAUUCGAAUGGAAGGGGAGGAGGCUCUCCCAGCUGGCACUGCCGCUGGUCCCGAGCAGCCCCAGGCUGGUCUCUUGGCCCCUAGCACCCUCUUGAACCUUGGCGGGCUCACCAGCUCGGUCCUGAAGACCCCCAUUACCUCAGUCCCCCUGGGGCCUCUGGCUUCCAGUCCUACCAAAUCCUCAGAGGGCAAGGACUCUGGGGCAGCCGAAGGGGAGAAGCAAGACUGCUUCUCCGAGAAAGCAGAACCAGCCGAGGAAGAGGAGGCAGAGGAGGAAGAGGAGGAGGAGGAGGUGGAGGAGGAGGAGGAAGAGGAGGAGGAGGAAGACGAGGAGGAGGAGGACGAGGGCUGCAAAGGACUCUUUCCAAGCGAGUUGGAUGACGAGCUGGAGGACAGACCCCUAGAGGAGUCUGGGGCUGCGGCAGGUGGUAGCAAAAAGGACCUUGCUCUCUCAAACCAAAGCAUUUCUAACUCCCCCUUAACGCCUAAUGUGCUCCAGACCCUGUCCAGGAGCACAGCUUCUACUAGUUCUAAUUCCGCUUCUUCCUUUGUUGUCUUUGAUGGUGCGAACAGGAGGAAUCGUUUAAGCUUUAACAGUGAGGGCGUCAGGGCCAAUGUGGCAGAGGGUGGCAGGAGGCUGGACUUCACUGAUGAAAGUGCCAAUAAAGACAAUGCCACAGCACCAGAACCAAAUGAAAGCACAGAGGGCGAUGAUGGGGCCUUCGUCCCCCAUCACCAGCAUGCCGGCUCCCUCUGCGAGCUUGGGGUUGGGGAGUGCCCCUCGGGGAGUGGCGUGGAGUGCCCCAAAUGUGACACGGUCCUGGGCUCCUCCCGCUCGCUGGGCGGCCACAUGACCAUGAUGCAUUCUCGUAACUCGUGUAAGACACUCAAGUGCCCCAAGUGUAACUGGCACUAUAAGUACCAGCAGACGCUGGAGGCACACAUGAAGGAGAAGCACCCGGAGCCGGGGGGCUCCUGUGUCUACUGCAAAAGCGGGCAGCCCCACCCCCGGCUGGCACGAGGCGAGAGCUACACGUGCGGUUACAAGCCUUUCCGCUGCGAGGUGUGUAACUACUCCACAACUACCAAAGGCAACCUCAGUAUUCAUAUGCAGUCCGACAAGCAUCUCAACAACAUGCAGAACCUGCAGAACGGAGGGGGGGAGCAGGUCUUCAGCCACAGUGCCGGGGCGGCGGCCGCAGCGGCGGCGGCGGCCGCGGCUGCAGCCAAUAUCAGCAGCUCCUGCGGGGCCCCCUCACCCACCAAACCAAAAACCAAACCCACGUGGCGGUGUGAGGUGUGCGAUUACGAGACCAACGUGGCCAGGAACCUCCGAAUCCACAUGACCAGCGAGAAGCAUAUGCAUAACAUGAUGUUACUGCAGCAGAACAUGACCCAGAUCCAACACAACCGCCACCUGGGCCUGGGCAGCCUGCCUUCGCCCGCCGAAGCUGAGCUCUACCAGUACUACCUGGCCCAGAACAUGAACCUGCCCAACCUGAAGAUGGACAGUGCUGCCUCAGAUGCCCAGUUCAUGAUGAGUGGAUUCCAGCUGGAUCCCACCGGGCCUAUGGCCGCCAUGACACCUGCUCUAGUGGGCGGUGAGAUCCCCCUAGACAUGCGGCUCGGGGGAGGACAGCUGGUGUCAGAGGAGCUGAUGAACCUGGGCGAGAGCUUCAUCCAGACCAAUGACCCGUCACUGAAGCUCUUCCAGUGCGCCGUCUGCAACAAGUUCACGACGGACAACUUGGACAUGCUGGGGCUGCACAUGAACGUGGAGCGCAGCCUCUCCGAGGAUGAGUGGAAGGCCGUGAUGGGGGACUCAUACCAGUGCAAGCUCUGCCGCUACAACACCCAGCUCAAGGCCAACUUCCAGCUGCACUGCAAGACGGACAAGCACGUGCAGAAGUACCAGCUGGUGGCCCACAUCAAGGAGGGCGGCAAGGCCAACGAGUGGAGGCUCAAGUGCGUGGCCAUCGGCAACCCUGUGCACCUCAAGUGCAAUGCGUGCGACUACUACACCAACAGCUUGGAGAAGCUGCGGCUGCACACGGUCAACUCCAGGCACGAGGCCAGCCUGAAGUUGUACAAGCACUUGCAGCAACAUGAGAGUGGCGUGGAGGGCGAGAGCUGCUACUACCACUGCGUCCUGUGCAACUACUCCACAAAGGCCAAGCUGAACCUCAUCCAGCACGUGCGCUCCAUGAAGCACCAGCGCAGCGAGAGCCUGCGCAAGCUCCAGCGGCUGCAGAAGGGCCUGCCCGAGGAGGACGAGGACCUGGGCCAGAUCUUCACCAUCCGCAGGUGUCCCUCCACUGACCCAGAAGAAGCCAUUGACGAUGUGGAAGGACCCAGUGAGUCAGCUGCCGAUCCUGAAGAGCUUGCUAAAGACCCGGAGAGUGGAGGCGAGAAAGACCAGAGCAAGUGGACAGCACCGUCCAGCCAGCAAGAGAAGGAGCUGACAGAGUCUCCUGCAACCUCCAAACGCAUCUCCUUCCCAGGUAGCUCUGAGCCUCCACUCUCUUCGAAGCGACCAAAAACAUCAGAGGAGAUCAAAGCAGAGCAGAUGUACCAGUGUCCUUACUGCAAGUACAGCAACACCGAUGUGAACCGGCUGCGGGUGCACGCCAUGACCCAGCACUCGGUGCAACCCAUGCUUCGCUGCCCCCUGUGCCAGGACAUGCUCAACAACAAGAUCCACCUCCAGCUGCACCUCACCCACCUCCACAGCGUGGCACCCGACUGCGUCGAGAAGCUCAUUAUGACGGUGACCACCCCCGAGAUGGUGAUGCCCAGCAGCAUGUUCCUCCCUGCAGCCGUUCCGGACCGAGACGGGACUUCCAAUCCUGAAGAGGCAGGAAAGCAGCCUGACACUUCGGAGGAUCUGGGAAAGAGCAUCUUACCCUCUGUGAGCACAGAGCACAGUGGAGACUUGAAACCCUCUUCUGCUGAGCCCGGCUCUGUGAGAGAAGACUCAGGCUUCCUCUGCUGGAAGAAGGGGUGCAACCAGGUUUUCAAAACUUCGGCGGCCCUUCAAACCCAUUUCAAUGAGGUGCAUGCCAAGAGGCCUCAGCUGCCCGUGUCAGAUCGCCAUGUGUAUAAGUACCGCUGUAACCAGUGCAGCCUGGCUUUUAAGACCAUUGAAAAGCUGCAGCUCCAUUCCCAGUACCAUGUGAUCAGAGCUGCCACCAUGUGCUGUCUUUGUCAGCGCAGUUUCCGAACUUUCCAGGCUCUGAAAAAACACCUUGAGACAAGCCACUUGGAGCUGAGUGAGGCUGACAUCCAGCAACUCUAUGGUGGCCUUCUAGCCAAUGGAGACCUCCUGGCAAUGGGAGACCCCACCCUGGCCGAGGACCACACCAUAAUUGUUGAAGAAGACAAGGAGGAGGAAAGCGACUUGGAAGAUAAACAGAGCCCAACAGGCAGUGACUCUGGGUCUGUCCAAGAAGAUUCUGGCUCUGAGCCAAAGAGAGCUCUGCCUUUCAGAAAAGGCCCCAAUUUCACCAUGGAAAAGUUUCUAGAUCCUUCUCGCCCUUACAAGUGUACUGUCUGUAAGGAGUCUUUUACGCAAAAGAAUAUCCUCUUAGUGCACUACAACUCUGUCUCCCACCUGCAUAAGUUAAAGAGAGCCCUUCAAGAAUCGGCAACGGGUCAGCCAGAACCCACCAGCAGUCCAGACAACAAACCUUUUAAGUGUAACACUUGUAACGUGGCUUAUAGCCAGAGUUCCACUCUGGAGAUUCACAUGAGGUCUGUGUUGCAUCAAACCAAGGCUCGGGCAGCCAAACUGGAGGCUGCCAGUGGCAGCAGCAACGGGACUGGGAGUAGUGGCGGCAUCUCCCUGAGCUCCUCCACGCCAAGUCCUGUGAGCACCAGCAGCACUAACAGCUUUACCACCACCAAUCCCAGUACCACUGGCAUCACUCCGAGCCCCAACUUGCUGAGCCAAGUGCCUGCCGAGAGUGUGAGUGUGGGGAUGCCAGCCCUGGGGAACCCCAUCAGUGCCAACAUUGUGUCCCCUUCAGAGCCCAAAGAGGCCAAUCGCAAAAAGCUAGCAGAUAUGAUUGCAUCCAGGCAGCAGCAGCAACAGCAGCAGCAGCAGCAGCAGCAGCAGCAGCAAGCACAGACAUUGGCCCAGGCCCAGGCUCAAGUUCAGGCUCACUUGCAGCAGGAGUUACAGCAGCAGGCUGCCCUGAUCCAGUCUCAGCUGUUUAACCCCACCCUCCUCCCUCACUUCCCCAUGACCACUGAGACUCUGCUCCAGCUGCAGCAGCAACAGCACCUCCUCUUCCCUUUCUACAUCCCCAGCGCGGAGUUCCAGCUCAACCCCGAGGUGAGCUUGCCUGUGACCAGUGGGGCGCUGACGCUGACAGGGACGGGCCCAGGGCUGCUGGAAGAUUUGAAGGCUCAGGUUCAGAUCCCACAGCAGAGCCACCAGCAGCUGCUGCAGCAGCAGCAGCAGCAGCAGCAGAGUCAGCUCUCUCUGUCUCAGAGUCACACUGCCCUCCUUCAGCCAGGUCAGCACCCCGAAAAGAAAAACAAACUGGUCAUCAAAGAAAAGGAAAAAGAAGGCCAGAGAGAGAGGGAAGGUGUGGAAGGAGGAGAAGGCAACACAGGGCCAAAGGAGCUGCUGCCAGAUGGCGUGAAGGCCAAAGAGAAGAAAGAGUUGGCGCCGGGGGGUAGCUCUGAGCCAUCCAUGCUGCCGCCACGCAUCGCUUCGGACGCCAGGGGGAAUGCCACCAAGGCCUUGCUGGAGAACUUCGGCUUUGAGCUGGUCAUUCAGUACAAUGAGAACAAGCAGAAGGUGCAGAAGAAGAACGGGAAGGCAGAGCAGGGAGAGAACCUGGAGAAGCUCGAGUGCGACUCCUGUGGCAAGUUGUUUUCCAACAUCUUGAUUUUAAAGAGUCAUCAGGAGCACGUUCACCAGAAUUACUUCCCCUUUAAACAGCUCGAGAGGUUUGCCAAACAAUACCGAGAGCAUUAUGAUAAACUGUACCCUCUGAGGCCGCAGACCCCAGAGCCGCCCCCCCCCCCCCCCCCCCCCCCGCCCCCACCACUCCCUGCGGCACCGCCUCAGCCAGCAUCCACGCCCGCCAUUCCCGCCUCGGCCCCACCCAUCACGUCGCCUACCAUUGCCCCAGCGCAGCCCUCUGUGCCACUUACCCAGCUGUCCAUGCCCAUGGAGCUGCCCAUCUUUUCCCCACUGAUGAUGCAGACUAUGCCACUGCAGACUCUGCCGGCCCAGCUGCCCCCUCAGCUGGGCCCCGUGGAGCCGCUGCCUGCUGACCUGGCCCAGCUGUACCAGCAUCAGCUGAACCCAACCUUGCUCCAGCAGCAAAACAAGAGGCCUCGGACCAGGAUCACAGAUGACCAGCUCCGCGUGCUCCGGCAGUAUUUUGACAUUAACAACUCCCCCAGCGAAGAGCAGAUCAAGGAGAUGGCAGACAAGUCCGGGCUGCCCCAGAAAGUAAUCAAGCACUGGUUCAGGAACACACUCUUCAAAGAGCGGCAGCGUAACAAAGACUCCCCUUACAACUUCAGCAACCCGCCCAUCACCAGCCUGGAGGAGCUCAAGAUCGACUCCCGGCCCCCUUCGCCAGAACCUCAGAAGCAGGAGUACUGGGGGAGCAAGAGGUCUUCGAGAACGAGGUUCACCGACUACCAGCUGAGGGUCCUCCAGGACUUCUUCGAUGCUAACGCCUACCCAAAGGAUGAUGAAUUUGAGCAACUCUCGAAUUUACUGAACCUUCCUACCCGAGUCAUAGUGGUGUGGUUUCAGAAUGCACGACAGAAGGCCAGGAAAAACUAUGAGAACCAGGGAGAGGGCAAAGAUGGAGAGCGGCGUGAGCUUACCAAUGACAGGUACAUCCGGACGAGCAACUUGAACUACCAGUGCAAAAAGUGUAGCCUCGUGUUCCAGCGCAUCUUCGAUCUCAUCAAGCACCAGAAGAAGCUGUGUUACAAGGAUGAGGACGAGGAGGGGCAGGAUGACAGCCAGAACGAGGACUCCAUGGAUGCCACAGAGAUCCUCACGCCCACCAGCUCGUCCUGCAGCACCCCGAUGCCCGCACAGGCUUACAGCGCCCCUGCCCCGGCAGCCAGUACAGCCCCCUCUGCUUUCCUGCAGCUCACAGCAGAGGCCGAUGAACUGGCCACCUUCAAUGCAAAAGCAGAGGCGAGUGAUGAGAAACCAAAGCAGGCUGAACCUCCUAGUGCACAGCCAACCCAAACCCAAGAAAAGCAAGGACAACCAAAGCCAGAGCUGCAGCAGCAAGACCAGCCUGAGCAGAAGCCCAGUGCGCCCCAGCAGAAGCUUCCGCAGCUGGCUGCCCCGCCUUCCUUACCACAGCCUCCUCCCCAGGCAGCGCCCCCACAGUGUCCCCUGCCCCAGUCCAGCCCCAGUCCUUCUCAGCUCUCUCAUCUGCCCCUCAAGCCGCUCCACACGUCAACUCCUCAGCAGCUGGCCAACCUACCUCCUCAGCUAAUCCCCUACCAGUGCGAGCAGUGUAAGCUGGCCUUCCCGUCCUUCGAGCACUGGCAGGAGCAUCAGCAGCUCCACUUCCUGAGUGCACAGAACCAGUUCAUCCACCCCCAGUUUUUGGACAGGUCACUGGACAUGCCUUUCAUGCUGUUUGACCCCAGUAAUCCACUCCUGGCCAGCCAGCUGCUCUCCGGGGCCAUACCUCAGAUUCCGGCGAGCUCUGCCACGUCUCCUUCUACGCCAACCUCCACCAUGAACACGCUGAAGAGGAAGCUGGAGGAAAAGGCCAGCGCAAGCCCUGGCGAAAAUGACAGCGGGACAGGAGAAGAGCCUCAGAGAGACAAGCGGCUGAGGACCACUAUUACCCCGGAGCAGCUAGAAAUUCUCUACCAAAAGUAUCUGCUGGACUCCAAUCCAACUCGAAAGAUGUUGGAUCACAUCGCGCAUGAGGUGGGCCUAAAGAAACGCGUGGUGCAAGUCUGGUUUCAGAACACCCGGGCUCGAGAGAGGAAAGGACAGUUCCGGGCUGUGGGUCCAGCCCAGGCCCACAGGAGAUGCCCUUUUUGCAGAGCUCUCUUCAAAGCCAAGACUGCCCUCGAGGCUCAUAUCCGCUCGCGCCACUGGCACGAAGCCAAGAGAGCUGGCUACAACCUCACUCUGUCCGCCAUGCUCCUGGACUGCGAUGGGGGGCUCCAGAUGAAGGGAGAUAUUUUUGAUGGAACUAGCUUUUCCCACCUUCCCCCAAGCAGUAGUGACGGCCAGGGGGUCCCCCUUUCGCCUGUGAGUAAAACCAUGGAGUUGUCUCCCAGAACUCUCCUGAGCCCUUCCUCCAUCAAGGUGGAAGGGAUCGAAGACUUUGAAAGCCCCUCCAUGUCCUCGGUGAAUCUGAACUUCGACCAAACCAAGCUGGACAACGAUGACUGCUCCUCCGUCAACACGGCAAUCACCGAUACCACCACGGGGGACGAGGGCAAUGCGGACAACGACAGCGCGACGGGAAUAGCAACGGAAACCAAAUCUUCUGCACCCAGCGAGGGGCUGACCAAAGCAGCCAUGAUGGCGAUGUCGGAGUAUGAAGAUCGAUUGUCAUCUGGCCUAGUCAGCCCAGCCCCAAGCUUUUACAGCAAGGAAUAUGACAAUGAAGGUACAGUGGACUACAGUGAAACCUCAAGCCUUGCAGACCCCUGCUCCCCGAGUCCGGGCGCAAGCGGGUCUGCGGGCAAAUCUGGUGACAACGGGGAUCGGCCUGGGCAGAAACGUUUCCGCACUCAGAUGACAAAUCUGCAGCUGAAGGUCCUCAAGUCAUGCUUUAAUGACUACAGGACACCCACCAUGCUGGAGUGCGAGGUCCUGGGCAAUGACAUUGGACUGCCAAAGAGAGUUGUUCAGGUCUGGUUCCAGAAUGCCCGGGCAAAAGAAAAGAAGUCCAAGUUAAGCAUGGCCAAGCAUUUUGGUAUAAACCAAACGAGUUACGAGGGACCCAAAACAGAGUGCACUUUGUGUGGCAUCAAGUACAGCGCUCGGCUGUCUGUACGUGACCAUAUCUUUUCCCAACAGCACAUCUCCAAAGUUAAAGAUACCAUCGGAAGCCAGUUGGACAAGGAGAAAGAGUACUUCGACCCAGCCACUGUCCGUCAGUUGAUGGCUCAACAAGAGCUGGACCGGAUUAAAAAGGCCAAUGAAGUCCUUGGACUGGCAGCUCAGCAACAAGGGAUGUUUGACAACGCCCCUCUUCAGGCUCUCAACCUUCCCACGGCGUAUCCGGCGCUCCAGGGCAUUCCUCCUGUGUUGCUCCCGGGCCUCAACAGCCCCUCUUUGCCAGGCUUUACUCCAUCGAACACAGACUGCCUGGCGUGCGAGAGCGCGCUCUGCGGGGAGGAGGCGCUGCGGCAGCAUCUCGAGUCGGCCUUGCACAAACACAGAACAAUCACGAGAGCAGCGAGAAACGCCAAAGAGCACCCUAGUUUAUUACCUCACUCCGCCUGCUUCCCCGAUCCUAGCACCGCAUCUACCUCGCAGUCUGCCGCUCACUCAAACGACAGCCCCCCUCCCCCGACGGCCGCCGCCCCCCCCUCGUCCCCCUGCGCGCCCCCCGCCCACGCCCCCCCCAGGAAGUCUUGGCCGCCCGUGGCCCCCCGGGCUUCAGCCACGAAGCCCCCUUCUUUUCCUCCUCUCUCCUCAUCUUCAACGGUUACCUCAAGUUCAUGCAGCACCUCAGGGGUUCAGCCCUCGAUGCCAACAGACGACUAUUCGGAGGAGUCUGACACGGAUCUCAGCCAAAAGUCCGACGGACCGGCGAGCCCGGCGGAGGGUCCCAAAGACCCCAGCUGCCCCAAGGACAGUGGUCUGACCAGUGUAGGAACGGACACCUUCAGAUUGUAAGCUUUGAAGAUGAACAAUACAGAUGAAUUUAAAUAAAAAAAAGAAUUAAUAACAAACCAAUUUCAAAAAUAGACUUAACUGCAAUUCCAAAGCUUCUAACCAAAAAAACAAAAAAAAAAAAACCACACACUAAAAAAACAAAAAAAAAAAAGAAAAGGAAAAAGCGUGGGCUGUUUUCCCAUAUACCUAUCUAUGCCGGUGAUUUCGCAUUCUUGUCUUUUCUCUCUUUUCUUUUACUAUUAAAAAAAAAAACGACAUAAAAAGACACACCCCACCACCGACACACCCAACCCUGUUCCAUUGUGUCCUUUCGAAGGUACUAUUGGUCUCGGGAAGAAGUCCGCAGGGCCUCCCCACUGUCUUUGGAGCUUAAACCCUUGUAUAUGUGUCCCCCUCCGCCCCCCCUCUUCAAUAAACGCGCACCUUGAGAGCACAGAGGAGCCCGGCACGCACGGUAUGGGAAAGCACUCCACCCUGCCACCCGUUGCAAAUCUCUUGCUAUCUUAGCAUUCAGAUACCAAUGGCUUGCUAAAAGAAAAAAAAAAAAA